AUGUCUGAGACUGGAACCGUGGGCCAGGUCCUGUUGGGCCUCAAGGUUAAAGGGCAAACGUGGUAUGAUGCAAAUUAUAAGAAUUCCAAGCCGGCCUCCGGCAAGGGAAAGGGAAAUCACAACGGGCCGCCACCAUCCGCUCCCAGCUGCCCCCCGUUUGCGGACUCAGCACUCACUCUCGACUCGACCUAG